AACAAUUGAGGUUCAUUUUGAUUUCUAAUCAAGACAGAAUUCGUGAUUGCUUGACUGUUUUAAUACACAAACAAUUAAAUUUGGCAUUUUCUGGACUAUUUAUUUAAAUUAACAGAUAUACUUUAAAAUUAAGAAUUUACCUUUAAACAAAUUGUUACGUUUUGUUUAGUCAAUUAUUAAAAUGGCAGCAUUUUAUAUCGCUCCUCUUGCCAUAGGCUCUGAUGAAGUUAAGGAUUUUAUUUGUUCCUCAUGCGAAGAGCAAGCAAAUGCAGAUUUUUACUGCAAAACAUGUUCGAAACUUUAUUGUGGGAAAUGCAUUCAGUUGCAUCAUAAGUGGUUUCAAAAACAUUCAACUUAUGGAAGGAAUGACAUGAAAAAAUGGCCACUUUCGAAACAGUUGGUGGAAUUUCUAUCAAAGUGGGAAGCGCACAAGGACGACACAAUUGAAAUGUUAUGUGAUGACCACAGUCAGCUGUGCUGCACAAAGUGUGCCUUCAAAAAUCACAGCCAGUGCAGUAAAGUGACCCAGAUUUCGGAGCUGACCAACUCGCAGCCCACAGGCCUAGAGGGGCUGUCAGUGGAGCUGGAAACUGUCCUGGGGGAAAUUAAAACCCUGCAAAUCAGUCAGAAGGCCAGCAUUCAGUCAUUGCAGAGAACAUACAAGGAACAUAGUGCAGUUAUGAUAGAGCAAAUGCUUGGCAAUUUAAAUACUUAUAUAGAUGAAUGUGAUAAUAAUUCUGUGGGUACAUCAGGCGGAAAUGAGCAAUAUUUAAAAGAAGAGAUGUGUAGGAGUGUUCUCUCUAUCGUGAAUGAAUUUGAUAAUAUUACUACGAAGGAACUUAACGAGAUGAAAGAUGAAGUUUUAAGUAUUAAAGAGUCAGUUACAAGUUCUAUUCAUAAAUGCACCACUCUUCACAAUGACUUGUCACAAUUCCAUGAACUUGUUCAGAAAAUUGGAGAUAAUAAGGAGCUCUGUCUUAUAGCCAGCAUAAAAUGUAAGCAUAUAAUACAGCAAGCAUUGACUCUGCUAGGAAAGUCAGGCAAGGUGUUUAACGUCCAGCGGAAGUCUGUGCACAAUGUGAGAAUACCAAGUGAUUCAUAUGAAUGUAGUAUUGAAGGCAUAUGUGUUCUGACUGAUAGGCAGGUGCUGGUCGCAGACUCGAAGAAUAAGAGGAUCAAGCUGCUGAACCAGCAGUACCAGGUGGUGAAUCACUGGGAUGUGACUGCUGGGCCAUGGGACAUAUGUUUGAUCACAUCCAGUGAGGUUGCAGUGGCUGUGAAUGACCAUGAUAGCAAGAUACAUGAGGUCCAGUUUAUCACUGUCAACCAGGGAAAGCUUGUCUCUGGCAGGAAGUUUCAGUUACAACAUGAAUGUAUAUGUAUUACCCAUCACCAAGGAGACCUUUUUGUCACCUCUGGUCAAGAACUGUACAAAUACUCACUGAAUGGCAAACUGAUCUGCAGACUCUACCAAGAUAAAUCAGCUAAUUGGACAGGAAAGAAUCAUGUGCAAUGUAGCCAAAAGAAGAUUCAGAAAUAUUGA